AUCAGUGCGCGAGUCCCGCUUCAAACGCCGGAGCAGAAACCACCCGCUUCUCUAAACUCAAUAAUGGAUCAAAUGUUGGAUUUCAACCUCAGCAAUCUGAUCAAGAGGAACAGUGAGCUGGAGAACCUGAUGGCCAAGCUGAUCCAGACGUGUCAGCAUGUGGAGCACAAUGCAGCUCACCAGGAGAGCAAACUGGCAGAAGAGUGCGACACGCUGAUAAACAUCGUACAGCAGAGAAGACAAAUCAUCGGCACCAAGAUCAAAGAAGGAAAGGUAAUCGAGCUUUUGUCGAUGGCGACGGCAUCCUCACAGGUCCUGAUCCCAGAGAUCAACCUGAACGACGCGUUUGACGCCUUCACGCUGGACUUCUCCAGAGAGAAGAAGAUGCUGGAGGGUCUGGAUUACCUGAUGGCUCCGAACGCUCCCACUAUCCGUGAGGAGCUUUGCACAGCGUCUCACGACACCAUCACAGUGCACUGGACAUCCGAGGACGAGUUCAGCGUGGUUUCAUAUGAGCUCCAGUACACCAUCUCCACCGGCCAGACGAACGUCGUCAGUCUGUGUAACUCGAUGGACAGCUGGAUGAUCGUGCCCAACAUCAAGCAGAAUCACUACACGGUUCACGGCCUGCAGAGCGGAACCAAGUACAUCUUCAUUGUGAAGGCCAUGAAUCAGGCUGGAAGCCGCAGCAGCCCGCCGGCCAAACUCAAGACCAACAGUCAGCCGUUUAAGCUCGACCCAAAGUCGGCCCACAGGAAGCUGAAGGUGUCACAUGACCAUCUGACGGUGGAGCGGGACGAAGCCUCGUCCAUGAAGAGCCACGCUCAGGACCGCUUCGGCAGCACGGGGAACUACGGCGUGACGGGGAACGUGUUCAUCGACAGCGGCAGGCAUUACUGGGAGGUUCUGAUCGGAGGAAGCACAUGGUUUGCUAUCGGGAUCGCCUACAAAUCGGCUCCCAAGCACGGCUGGGUGGGUAAGGACUCGGCAUCAUGGGUACUGAGCCGCUGCAACACCUCGUGGGUCGUGCGUCACAACAGUAAGGAGUUUCCCAUCGAGCCGUCUCCUCACAUGCGGCGUCUGGGAGUCCUGCUCGACUACGACUCUGGCUCUCUGGCGUUUUACGACGCCGCGGGAACGCAGCACCUGUACACCUUCGACAUCGCCUUCUCGCAGCCCAUCUGUCCCGUCUUCAGCGUGUGGAACAAGUGCUUGACCGUCCUCACGGGGCUCCCCAUCCCGGACCACUUAGAGAUCAGCGACCCGCGCGACUGAACGCACCUCUAGCGUGCAGUUCAGCCCAGAAUGAAAAUGAACUGAAUAUUCACUCCCCCUCAGGCCAUCCAAGAUUAGGAUGAGUUUGUUU